AAAAUGUCUCAAUAUGAGCGAUUCGACUCGGUGCUGCUCUCCAUGGCCCAACAGCUGAGCGGCGGAGUGCCUGAAAUGCUUGAUGUACUAUUUGAAUUUCUUUCGAGAAAGACGGAUUUCUACAGUGGCGCUGGUGUCGAUCAAGCCCGGACCCUUCUCCUCGAAAAAUUCGAUAAACACGGUGGAAAGGCUAUGAAGGAAGCUGAAGAAGCCAAGAAACGGAAGGAAGAGCAGGAGAGGAAGCUUGCUGAACGAAGAGCUGCACAAAAAGCUAAGGAAGAGGAAGAGUUCCGAAAUGCGAAAGUCGUGGAAGUCACUGAUGAGGAAGCGGCCGCGUUUGAAAAGGAACAGGCUAAAAAUUCUGUUGAAAAUCUUGAAAAAUUCGUCGAUAACGAAGGAGAAACAUCGAAAGACGCUGAAGUCGAAGAUGAGGACAGUAAGCUCAUGAAACCAAAUAGUGGAAAUGGUGCGGAUCUUGCCAAAUAUCAAUGGACUCAAACACUCCAAGAACUCGAGGUGAAGAUUCCAAUUGCUGCUGGAUUUGCUAUCAAAUCUCGUGACGUUGUCGUCAAAAUAGAGAAGACUUCAGUAUCUGUCGGCCUGAAGAAUCAAGCUCCGAUUGUCGAUGGAAAGUUGCCUCACGCCAUUAAAGUAGAAAAUUGCAACUGGGUAAUCGAAAACGGGAAAGCGAUUGUCCUAACUCUCGAGAAGAUCAAUGAUAUGGAAUGGUGGAAUCGAUUCCUUGAUUCCGAUCCUCCAAUCAAUACUAAGGAAGUGAAGCCAGAGAACUCGAAAUUGAGCGACUUGGAUGGAGAGACACGUGCCAUGGUCGAAAAGAUGAUGUAUGAUCAGAGGCAGAAGGAGAUGGGUCUUCCAACGUCUGAUGAGAAGAAAAAGCAUGAUAUGCUGCAACAGUUCAUGAAACAGCAUCCUGAAAUGGACUUCAGCAAUGCUAAAAUUGGAUAAUUCUGUGAAUUUUGUGAGAUUUGUUCCGAAAAUAUUAUAUUUAUAUUCGCAUAAAUGUACUCAGUUUGA